AUGAAGGUUGUGAAGACGAUCAAGAAGGAAGAGUGUUCAGAGGAAGGUAAGUUUCUGACACUAAGGACAGUUUUCGAUUGGAGAAAGAGAGAUGGAGUUUGGAAGCGUAGAUGCAGAAUUGUGUGUCGGGAAUUCCGUGCGGGAGCCCAGAGCACGGAGGAGACUUUUCGUCCUACGUCAGGACACGCAGCAGUGCGAAUGAUGUUUCUUUUUCAUCUCAUCUACAAUUGGGAGCUUACAGUUCUUGACAUUCGUGACGCAUUCUUGCAAGUCACGCAGAAAGCUCUGAUGUAUGCUGAUAUCUCACCGUGGAUUCGAACACUACUUGGUUUGGAUGAAGACCACGUAUGGAAAGUGGAGAAGUGUCUGCCAGGGCAAAGAUCAGCGGCAGAACAAUGGUUUACCCAUUUGGUUGAGAUUUUGAAGCGUUUGGGAUUUGAGCAAUUUGUUGGGAUACCCUCAAUCUUGAAGCACCGAGUGAAGAAGAUUGCAGUGUCGAUUCAUGUCGACGACGAGCUAGUUGCAGGUGCAAAAGGCGAAGGAAGAUGGCUGAUAUGCGAGCUAGAGAAGUUUUUCAAGCUCACAGUUGAGGGACCGUUCCCAUCCCACCGGGGAUCGGGAGAACAGCUUCAUUACCUGAAGAGGACCUAUGAGUUCCUUGAAGAAGGAAUUUUGGUGACAGUGUCGAAGAAGCACUACGAGAAGCUUAGAGGACUCUACAAGCUGGGGAACCGAAAGCCAAGACAAACCCCAGAGCACCAGCUGAUUGGAACAGUGGACAAUUCCAAAGAACUGGAGGAGAACGAGUGCAAGAAGUUUCGUUCAGCGUUGGGAACACUGUUGUACAUUUCCCAAGACCGAUGGGAUUUGCAGCAUGUGACGAAGUGUUUGGCAAGUAAGAUGUCGAAGCCAACGGAACAAGCGUUAACCUGUUUGAAACAAGCUUUGCUCUAUGUGCAAGGAACAGAGCAACUGGGAUUCCUACUGAAGUACACAAAGGUUGGAAACAAGAUGAUGGAUGCGAUCUAUCAAAGAGAAGAGCAAGAAGAAGAAGACGAAGAAAAGAAAGGAACACACAGUAUGGAAGUAUUCACGGAUGCAGAUUGGGCAUCAGACCGUGAAGCGAGAUGGUCUACAUCAUCAGUGAUUGUGUGUGUGAAUGCAGUGCCAGUACUUUCGUAUAGCAGGACCCAGAAAGCUACAGCUUUAAGUUCGGCAGAGUCCGAAGUGCUAGCAUGCUCAGGAGGAGCAUCAGAAGCGAUGUUACUGAAGAAGUUGUGGAUGUUUCUUGCAGGAAAGUUACUCGUGGAGAUCCGGAUGGAUUCAAGUGCGGGAAGACAAUGGAUGAUGCGAACAGGAGUCGGAGGACUCAAACAUAUCGAUCUGAGAGUAUUAUGGCUUCAGCGAGGGGUGAAGAACAACAGCUUCAAAGCAAAGCCAGAGUAUCUCGAAGGAGAUUUCUCAUGUACCAUAUUGGAGCCAUGGUGUGGAAUGGAGAAAGUCAUGAGCGUUAUGGGAAAGAAGAAGCAAUGGAACAUGUGGCAGGUGAAGUUUGCCGAAGCCAAGUUCGAGCACUACGACAGCCAGACGAUUUUGGAGGACGAGAACGAGAAGAACGAGAAUUUGUUUUCAUCUAUGUGA